AUGGGUCUUGGAGUUCUGGAAGACACCGUCCUGCGGCAUGUCCCAGGUACCGCCACGCUCGACGACUUCGAUCCAGCCAACCAGCUCCGUGGCAAUCCCAAUGUCAAGCGCACCAAGGACGGCAUCAUUCUCGUGCCGCAACCGAGCGACGACCCUAAUGAUCCUUUGAACUGGCCCCUCUGGCGCCGCGACAUCAUCACCGGCGUCCUCUGCCUCCUCUCCGUCCUCGCCGCCACCCUCUCCCCGCUCCUCGCCGCCAACUCCGUCUCCCUCAUCCUCUACUUCAACCAAUGUGACAACCCUCCCUGCGCCAAACGAAAUCACUACUCCAUCGACGAUGUCGCCUUACUCACCGGCUACCACCUCAUGGGCGUCGGCCUCGCGGGUUUCUUCUUCGUCGCCUCCGCUCGCGUCUGGGGAAAACGCCACCUCUACAUCUUGGGAUGUGUCACCAUCAUCUUCUCCUCCGCGUGGGGUGGAUCUGCGAAUCGGAAUUACAACAGUCUGAUGGCGGCCAGAGCGUUGCAGGGGGUGGGACUGGCGCCGUUUGAGGCGUUGGUGAAUGUCAGCGUGGGAGAUCUGUACUUUGUGCAUGAGCGGGGCAAGCGCAUGGCGUUGACGAACUUUUCGCUGUUUGGGAGUGCAUUUCUAACACCUGUGAUUGUGGGGAAAAUGAGCGAGAUGAUGGGCUGGCAGUGGUCAUUUUACUUCAUCGCCAUCUUCAUGGCGGUGGCAUUACCCCUGGUCAUCCUCUUCUGCCCGGAGACGGCGUACGUCCGCGACUCGGGCCUCGAAACGGACACGGCGUGGGAUCGCGUGGGGAACAAGCACAACCGUUCGGACUCGAGCCAUGAGUUGAGAGACACCUACGCUCCGGAGAAGAACGGCGGCCAGCAAUCCACCUCCAACUCGAUUGAUAACAACGACCUCUCCGCGACCGGAACGCCAGAGACGCAAAACGACAAGACUCCCAACAUCGAAGCUCAAGGAAACAACAUCCACGUCCCCGUCACGACCUUCCACUUCAUCACCCGCCGCAACAUCCACCCCUUCUCCGGCCGCAAAACGAACGAAUCCUUCUUCAAACUCCUCCUCCGUCCCUUUCCCCUUUUCUUCCACCCCUCCUUCUUUUGGGCCUGCCUCAUCCAAGGCGCCAUGAUCGGCUGGACCGUCUUCAUCGGAAUCGUGCUCGCUGCUAUCAUGAUCGGCGCGCCGCUCUUCUUCAACGAAGUCCAGACGGGUUACAUGUACACGGGGGCCUUCAUCGGUGCCAUCCUCGGCUUCAUCCUCUCCGGCCUGCUCUCCGACUGGUCCGCCAAGUACCUCACCCGAUUAAACAACGGAAUCUACGAACCCGAAUUCCGAAUGGUUCUCGUCAUCCCACAGUUGAUCUUCGGAUGUAUAGGACUCUUCAUGUUCGGCUGGACGGCGGACAAUACAGUCAAAUACGGCUGGUUCUGGCCGGCGUUCUUUUUCGCGCUGGAAGUCAUGGGCAUGGUGAUUGGAGCAGUGGCGUCGGCACUUUACAUCGUCGACGCGCAUCGGGAUCUCGCGAUUGAAGGGUUUACGUGUCUGUUGGUGUUCAAGAAUAUCUUCUCCUUUGGACUGACAUUUAGUGGGUUGGGAUGGUUACGGCAGGGGAUUUGGAGGGUUUUCUGGCCGGUGGGGAUCGUGCAGGCUCUGAUUUGUUUGUCGACGAUUUUCAUGUAUGUGUUUGGCAAGAAGAACCGCUCGUUCUUCGCACGGCAUGAUCUCAUUGAGAUUUUUGGACUGAAGUGA